GGUGUCCAGAGGGUGCAGCCAUCGGCAUCGGAGGCCGGCCUCGUCAGUUUAGUUACCGCACCACAUAAAGGCAUUGCGUUGUAGACACCGUUAUACCCGCAACAUUCUUACUAUUUGCUUGCAUAUCUCCUAAUUUUUCUGACCCUUCAAUUCGGCAUAAAGAAAGAAAAAGAAGAAAACACUCGGUUCGGUAUAUCGUUCGUCGUCGUAAUCAAAAGCACAGUCGUCGCCGUUGCUGUCAUCGUCGCCGUCGUUAUUGUUGUCCUCUAAACGUUCAGUUGUCCCCUACUGCUUUGUCCCGUUCACGUGUCUCGAUCGAGCGACGUCACUGUUUGUCAUCACCGGGUGACAGCGUCACGAGAAAAAUCGCGCGAAGAGCAAGGCAAAGAGAAAAGAUCUCGUGAACGUCGUGCGGGAAGAUAAGUUUACCGGACGAAAUCGGCUUAUCGAAGAUAAAGCAGAAAGGAGUGACUUCCGCGUUCUUCCAAUCUUAUAAUUUCAUUUUAUCCUCGACCCUGUGUUCUCCGCCAUCUCGUAUUCCCGACUCGUCCUGCCGCAACGAGCACUUUUUGGUGUCCCGAUCGUUCAUCCAUCUCGAUCGACGAUCUCUCUGAUCGACGCGUCGCGAUAUCUCGAAGAUUAUUCGAUCGUGAACGGAGAAUCAAAUGGGAAUUGAUUACGUUAGGGAGAGAGCGGUAUCGUGAGCAACAAGAUCGUCAGCUGGAAGAUUCUUUAAUCGGCAGAAGAGACAUCGGCAAAGAGAGAAAAGAGAGCGAGAGAGAGAGAGAGACGAAUAGGAGAACGUUUCGCUGGUCGGGGUGGGAGUGAAAGAGAGACACUGGGUGUGUUCGUCGCGCGCGAGAUUUGUUUAUUUCCUGUCGCGAGUUAUAUAUCAAGUGCUCGCAAUUAUAUCCGAUCUAUAAUUUCGCGCGUUUUCGCGAUAUUCAAUGUCGAAACUCUCGUUCGAUGAUCGGAAACUGGCUUCCAGAUUGAUCGUCGCGCGACCCUCGGUUCGGAUGUUUCAAGUCUCGCGUCGUAAUAGAGAAAUUUGUUGAAAAAAAUAAGAGAAAAUUGUACAAAGAUAUUACACGCACACGCGUUUAAAAUCGUGAUCGAGAUAAAAAGAGAUAAAUAUCGAGAGAGGGACAUAAAUAGAGAGAAAAUAAAAGUAAUUAAAUAAAACCCAUCGUCGUUCCGUUCUGCGCCCAGAUAUCGGCAUCCUCCAACCACUGAUUUUCAUCGUUAACCGAUUUCGUACAUAGUUAGAGACGAUUCGUUAGAGGAUUGCAAUGAUGGCGAACGGAAUGGACACAGUCGUACAACAAAACGGAGGAUCUACCCUCGGACAGACCUCGCAGGAGGAGUCGAAGACGAAUCUCAUAGUAAAUUAUUUGCCGCAGAGCAUGACUCAGGAUGAGAUUCGUUCUCUAUUCUCCAGUAUAGGCGAAGUCGAGAGCUGCAAGCUAAUCCGUGAUAAGCUUAGCGGUCAGAGUUUGGGUUACGGUUUCGUCAACUAUCACCGGCCUGAAGAUGCCGAAAAGGCUAUAAACACGCUCAAUGGUCUUCGUUUACAGAACAAAACCAUCAAGGUAUCGUACGCGAGACCGAGCAGCGAGGCGAUCAAAGGCGCGAAUUUGUACGUCAGCGGCUUGCCGAAGAAUAUGGCGCAGCAGGAUCUGGAGAAUCUUUUCAGUCCUUACGGCAGAAUUAUCACGUCGCGAAUACUGUGCGACAACAUCACCGUACGACAGUUUGUGACCGGCGGCGGAGACAAUUUGCCCGGCCUGUCGAAGGGCGUCGGCUUCAUAAGGUUCGACCAGCGCGUCGAGGCCGAGCGGGCGAUCCAGGAGCUGAACGGCACCAUACCGAAGGGCUCGUCCGAGCCAAUCACCGUCAAGUUCGCCAACAAUCCCAGCAACAACAACAAGGCGAUACCGCCGUUGGCCGCCUAUCUCGCACCACAGGCCACGCGCCGCUUCGGCGGGCCGAUCCACCAUCCGACCGGCCGCUUCAGGUACAUUCCACUGUCGCCACUAUCCAGCACUGGCAAGGCCAUGCUUGCCAUUAACAAAGGCUUACAGAGGUACAGUCCGCUGGCGGGCGACCUCCUCGCGAACUCGAUGCUGCCCGGUAACACGAUGAACGGCGCCGGCUGGUGCAUCUUUGUGUACAACCUCGCGCCCGAGACCGAGGAGAACGUGCUCUGGCAGCUGUUUGGGCCGUUCGGCGCCGUCCAAUCGGUCAAGGUCAUACGCGACCUGCAGACGAACAAGUGCAAGGGCUUCGGCUUUGUGACGAUGACCAAUUACGAGGAGGCGGUGGUGGCCAUACAGAGCCUGAACGGCUACACUCUGGGCAACCGCGUGCUCCAGGUCAGCUUCAAGACGAACAAGAGCAAGGCGGCGUAGGACGAGCAACAGGCGGCAG